CUAACCGAUUGAGACAGCCAACUUCCUGAAAACCUGAGCAUAAUUCCCUGAAAAAAUCAACCGCUUUGCCUAACGGAACACGCGUCUUGCAUCUGUGUGUAUUUACCCGAAACAUUCGUGCCUGUGUGAACAUGACACACUAAAACAAAGUGACAAAAAAUCGAGAACUUUUUAUAAAUUCCUAAAAAAAAGCUAAAGAAAAAAAGACAAUAAAAUGCAUUCCGUGGAAGACAUGUUGGUGGAGAAAAACUACAGCAAGUGCCCGCUGAAAAAGCGUCCGGUUAAUUACCAGUUCGAGGCGCCUCAAAAUCACAACAGCACACCGAACGAACCGCAGGAUCUGUGUGUGAAGAAAAUGGAAAUUCUGGAGGAUAAUCCCUCCGAGGAGCUGAUCAACGUGAGCGAUUGCUGCGAAGACGAGGGCGUGGAUGUGGACCACACGGAUGAUGAGCACAUUGAGGAAGAGGACGAGGAUGUCGAUGUAGAUGUGGAUUCGGAUCAGAAUCAAACACAAGCUGCAGCUUUGGCUGCUGCCGCUGCAGUUGCCGCCGCCGCUGCCGCUUCCGUGGUGGUGCCCACGCCCACUUAUCCCAAGUAUCCCUGGAACUUCCACAUGUCGCCGUACACGGCCGAAUUCUACAGGACCAUCAAUCAGCCGGGACACCACCAGAUCUCGCCUCUUCGUGGCGAUUUAAUAGCGCCCAGUUCGCCGAGUGAUUCGCUGGGUUCCCUGUCGCCGCCACCACAUCAUUAUCUGCAUGGUCGCGCCAGUUCCGUUUCGCCGCCAAUGCGAUCGGAGAUAAUCCACAGACCGAUUGGCGUACGGCAGCACCGAUUCCUGCCAUAUCCACCCAUGAGUGGCUAUCCCAAUCUGGGCGGCUAUACCCAUCAUCACCAUGCGCCGAUCUCGCCGGCAUAUUCCGAGAACUCCUACUACUCGAUGCGUUCGAUGACACCCGAAUCCAGCUGCAGUUCCUCGCUGCCCGAAGAUCUUUCCCUGAAGCACAAGAACCUGAACAUGAACCUAAAAGCCAAUCAGCCCGGAGAACUCACAGCAGUUAAAGCGGGAGGAGAAGAAUCACCAGGACCCAGUUCCGCAUCCGCCGCCGCCAAGAAGGACAAAAGCCAACCGCCGCGUUACCAAUGUCCGGAUUGCCAGAAAUCCUACUCCACCUUUUCGGGGCUGACCAAACAUCAGCAGUUCCAUUGCCCCGCCGCCGAGGGCAACCAGGUGAAGAAGUCCUUCAGCUGCAAGGAUUGCGACAAGACCUACGUUUCCCUGGGAGCCCUGAAGAUGCACAUUCGCACCCACACGCUGCCCUGCAAGUGCAAUCUGUGUGGCAAGGCCUUCUCGAGACCGUGGCUCCUGCAAGGACACAUUCGCACCCACACCGGCGAGAAACCCUUCAGCUGCCAACAUUGCCACCGGGCUUUUGCCGAUCGCUCCAAUCUGCGGGCACAUCUGCAGACCCAUUCGGACAUCAAGAAGUACUCCUGCACCAGUUGCUCCAAGACCUUUUCGAGAAUGUCCCUGCUGACGAAACACUCGGAGGGCGGAUGUCCUGGCGGCAACGCUGGCUCCUCCAGCAGCGAACUCAACUACGCCGGCUAUGCCGAGCCCUAAGGCGAUCUAUAGUUUUAUAUACAGCUGAGAUCCCAGCCAUGUUCCACCAAAAAUUAGUUCCUAGCUCUCUUAGGCGGCUCCAAGUUCCCAAAAAAGAAAAACAUGAACAAAAAACAAUCAACUCCCAGUGCAGACACACAACUUCAAACAGAAUUUCACUUAUUUUUAUUUUCUAGUCAGCAUUUUCUCCGCAGAAAAAGAGAAAAUUAAAAAUUACUUUUUAAUUUGUAUCCACCACAAAAAAACAAACUUUUGUAACACCCACAAUUCGAAUAACCAUAUUAGAGUGUGUGCCCAUAUCCUAAA